GUGUGUGUUUGUGUGUGUGUCUGCUGCUUGUUUACCUCCCCUGCCCUGCCUGGGGACUCGGGGACGCCGCCCUGGGGAGGAAACAAGCGGGGAAACAGUAAAACAGACCGCUGCUAUGUGUGAGGUGGCGAGUGGCAACGAAGAAAACAACAGCGUGCCUAGGUCUAUAGGAAAUAAAUUAAACAGUGCAAUAACCCACACACACAUUUAGGCCUAUAAAAAUUGUAUAUAUUGAAAAAAAAACUGAAAAAACAUUAUUUUAGACACGCUGUGACAAAAACUGGACCAAAGUGAAAAUUGAUAUAGGCCUAAGCAUAUGAGGAAAUAAGGAAAACCUGCUGAACCUAAGGAAAAAUUUAUUGGGCCUAUUACACACAAGAAAGAGAAGAGGAGAGACUUGCCGAGUGUGUUAAAAGUUUCCUUAGGCCUAAAUGUACAAGAAAAAGCCUAUUCAGAAAUUCGUGUAGGCUUGAAAUUAGACUAACCUAACUUUAGUUGUGAAAAAUUUAUGAAAAAGUGAAAAAUUUAGGCUUUGAAAACUUAAAAGUACAAAAAAUUAGGUCUAUUGACUGAAAACACCCCAAAUUUUUAAGUGAAAAUGAGAAAAAACAAAUAUUUAGGCCUUGUAAAACUGAAAAACUUGAAAAUUUAGGCUUUGAAAAACUAAAAGCCUUAAAAUUUAGGCCUACUGAUCCAAAACACCCCAAAAAAAUUAAGUGAAAGUGAAAAAAACUAAAAUUUGAUGCUAAAAAAAACUUGAAAAUUGAAAAAAAUAGGUCUAAAUUAUAGAAACCAUUAAUUUUGUGUGAAAGUGAAAAAACACCUCAAAUUUUUAGAUCUAGGCUGAACUAGAAGGAGGAAGACCAAAGACAAGAAGAAGAAGAAGAGGAGGAGGAAGAGGAAGAAGAGAGAGAAGAAGAAGAAGGUGCAGUGGAAGAGAAGGAAGAAGAAGAGAUAACUACAAUUAAAGGAAGUAGUAGAAGAGAAGAAAAAGAAGAAGAAGAGGAGGAGGAGGAGGAGAAGAAGAUAAACAAGAAACUGAACUAAGAAGAAAGAAGAGGAAGAAGGUAUAAAAGUAAAUAAAAAAAACAAAACAAACAAACCAACACCAAAAACAAAACCAACAACAAACAAAGAAGGAAAACAAAGGAAAAACAAACCUACGUCAUGUCUGAGAGAAGAAGAAGAAGACGUGGUAUCACCUAACUGACCCCUAGAGAACCAAGGAAGAGGAAGAAGAGGAGGAGGAGGAGGAGGAAGAUGUCAGAACGAAGAAGAAAACGGGGCCGUCCUCGGUCGACCCCAAUGCUGAGCUAUGCGUCGGAGCUCAAAAUGCGGAACAGCAUUACGCGGGUCAUAAAAAAGCCGCGGUAUUUGAUGGAGAACGACGACGACGAAAGCAACCACUCCACCCGGUCCACGUCGCCAAGCGGAGCCGACGAGCGGAAGGGGAAGAACAGACGUGGGUACAAUCCGGACGUGGACGACCGCGAGUCGGAGUAUUUAUACGGCUCGGACUUCGAACUGGAGGAAUUAGAGGAGGAGAGCGACUACAAGAGUGGGAGUGGCGACGACACACGCGAUGGGGACGAGCAGGAAGAGGAAUUUAUGACCGACGGUGAUGAAUCAGUGUCCAGCUACGGUACGACGCACUCUGGGGCGCCAGGGACCCCUCUUUCCUUCCAGCCGCCUUCUAGACCCCCAACCCCAGUCCCGGUAUGGCUGCAGGACCGCCAGUACCCACCCCUGGACCUCCCGAAGUCCUCCGACGACCUGCUGCUUCCGAGAUCGCACGUCCUCCGAGCUGUUGGCAUUUAUGAGGUGAUGCGGCACUUUCGAACCCUAGUGCGCUUGUCCCCGAUGCGAUUUGAGGACUUCUGUGCUGCGUUGGUGGCCGAGGAGCAGAGUUCCUUACUGGCAGAGGUCCACAUGGCUCUACUGAAGGCGCUCAUAAGGGAGGAGGACUCACAGCAGACGCACUUCGGACCUCUCGAUCAAAAGGAUUCCAUCAACGUUAUUCUGUAUUUUAUUGAUGCUUUAACAUGGCCAGAGAGUUUACGGCUGUACCUGCAGAGCGAUGCGGAGUUUAGGAUCCCUCUAACGAUCCUCAACAACUGUAAUUAUCCCUUCACGUCGUUAGAGAACAGAAUACAGGUGCUCCAGUUCCUGUGCGACCAGUUCCUGCAGACCUCAGUGGUGCGAGAAGACCUGCUAAGCGAGGGGAAGGUCCGUUACGACGACCACUGCAGGGUGUGUCACAAAACUGGCGACCUCCUUUGCUGCGACUCCUGUUCUGCCGUGUACCACCUGGACUGCGUUGACCCCCCGCUGCAGGACGUCCCAGGGGAGAUGGAGGACUGGACCUGCUCUGUUUGUACUACGCAUCAGGUGGAUGGAGUGACAGACUGUAUAUCGCCAAUGGAAACCUCUGGGGUGCUGUGUCGCCAAGAUCCAUUGGGGUUUGACAGGCACGGCAGAAAAUAUUGGUUCCUCGUUCGCCGUUUGUUUGUUGAGAGCGAGGAUGGCGACCUGUGGUAUUACUCAACACAAUCACAACUGGAGGAGCUGAGAGGGCUGUUAGACCCCCACGACUUGGAGGACGAGCUGUGCGCAGGCCUGGGGGAGGUCUGGGGGGAGCUGAAGAGGCACAUGUCAAUCACUGAGAGCAUCACCAACUCUUCUAAAGGCACCAGAAAGUCAUAUUUGGAAAUUGAGGAUGCGGAGGUAGCGAGGCGGGUGGAGGAAAGGAGGAAAAUGAAACAGAAGGUGGAUGGAAUAGACAGCAUGAUAGAAGAGAUUAAAGAAGACAUAAAAAAAGAAAUUAAGCAAGAAACACCAGAUGACCCGACCUCAGCCAUGACCUCCACCCUUGACCCAGUGACCGGCGAGCUCAGGAGGUCACCGCUGACCCCCGCGGAGGCAGAGGUCAAGGAGGAACCAAGAGAGGUCAAGGAGGAGAAGGAGGAAGAGGAGAAGAAGGACUCAGGGGUCAAAACGCGAACCAGAACCGGGUCGUUGGUUCCUAAACAGUUCGCUGUGGACGACCUGAGGCGCAGGAUUCCUCCCCCCCCUGACCUGGACAGCAAGGAGGGGGUUAAGGGUGUCCUGGAUGGGGAGGAGGGAGGGGAGGGAGCCAAACUAGUACAAUUGCAGAGUAAUAGCCAGCACUACCGACUAGGGUGUGACGGGAAAUACAAGGUGUACGUCAAUCAGUAUUCUACCAACCCACUCGCGCUCAACAAGAUCCAACACAAUGAGGAGAGGGACAAGAAGAGGCAUCUGUCGCACAAGUUUAGCCUCACUCCCACCUCUGAGUUUAAAUGGAAUGGUGUUAUUUAUGGGAACACAGAGACAUUGAUAUCCACACUACGCCACACCAUCCUGUCACUGGAGCAGAACAUAUCCAUCCACUUGUACCAUCCACACUGGGCUGCCAUCCGCAAGUGGUGGAACUCAGCAGUGUUGGCGUCAACCGAACCGCACCAGUUCUCCCGGGUGUUGAUGUGGUUGGUGGCGUGCAUUAAACCUGUGGUGUUCAAUCCGGUGUGGCACGACUCACUGGGACACGUCAGGUUCAACAGAGUAACAGCAUUGGAAAGAGAGGAGAAGAAGAAACAGGAGAAAAGGGACAAGAAAGAGGUAGACCAGGAUGAACCAAGACCUGCCACCAUGAUCAAAUACACGCUUGGGCUUAAACAUCAGGUCUGGAAACUGAAGGGAGAGGAGUACCGCGUUCACGGAAUGUGGGGGUGGCAGUGGGCUUCUGCAAACAGGCCAGCCCCACACAUCCCUAUGAACACAGUGGGGCUACGGGCGGGUGCUAGCAAACACAUGGUCCCUGUUAAGAGUUCUGCAGGUCUGAAGUCCCUCUCAGUCAACCCAGGGAUCUACAAACAGCUGGCCGCAAAGAAUCCAUCGCUGCGGCCGAGUUUGUUGUCACCGAAUCAGAGGAAGGCGGACGACAAGGAGGGAGCCAGCGAGGAGAAAAAGGAGAUUUUGAUUACUGGACCUAGUGGCCAGCAGAAGGUGGAAGUCGGAUGUGUCACCCUGGAAGACCUCUUCGAACCUGACGGAAGCAUCAAUGUAUCUCAUGGACUAACUCAUCGCUCCAGGUUCCUCUACCCUAAGGUGGCGAGGGGGUGUGCCCUGGAUGGCCUGCUGGGGAGGUGUAUUGCUCAGCGCACACAAGAAAGCAAGGAGAAGGAUAGCACGAAGAAGAGCAGCACCGCCAGCAGCACCACCACCACCACCAACAACAGCGGCAGCGGCGAGGACGAGGAGGACGAGGUAGACGUAGAAAACGAGGACACAGACGCUACAAUUAGCGACACAUCUGACCGAGACACAGCCAUAGAGGAGCUGCCGGCGUCACAGAGGUCGACCAUACACAAACAGCGACCUGCCGGGAACCUACUGAAGGAGGUCAGGUCGCUCAAGGUCAAGUACGAGGCUCUGGAUGCACAAGACGGCCUGGUAACGUGCUACUCUGCGUGUUGUCGGCGUGACGGACGCUGCAGUUGCUAUUCGCCCUUGUGUCUCCUGAAGGUGCGCACAAGAGACCGGCUUAUCAACGCAGUCAACAACUACCGGAUUGUUGCCAGCAAACCAGCGCCCUUUGACCAGGUCGGGUCGCACUCCCCUGUCCGUCUGGCCGACCCGAAACCUGACGCGGACAGCAGCGACGGAAAGGCAGAUGGAAAUGGAGCUGACAGCGAUGGCAGGUCUUCGCGAGCAAGUGGGGAGAUCAAAAUUCGCGUGGAUGAGGACAUGGACGAGGCCAGUCAGGGAUCCACCGGGCUGGAGGCAAAGUUUACACCACGUGGGGAGCAGACAGGUGUGGAGGGUGGGGCAGAAGGCGGAACAGGGGCCGGAACAGAGGCAGGAACCGAGUCACCGGCUGGACGUUUCUAUCUGAAGAAGGCGGGAACUGAAAGUCGGCGUAAACGACCAGCCCACCGCUUGCCACAGCUCUCAGUCUUCCGCAUAGGCCGGCGGAAGUCGAAGGGCGUGGACCGGGUGGACGAACGCGCAUGCAGCAUCUUAGUGGUAGCCGGCUGGGAGCUCCGUCUGUUGGCCAGGAAGGGCGGAAGGUAUCACGUGCAAGGCUUCAACCACAACGCCAAGGCAAACCAGGUCGUUUGGCCAUACCCGUGCCCCCGCCCAGUCUUUAAAACCACCUGGCUGUACCGAACUGCCACAGCACCCACCCUCAACACCUCCUCCAUGCAGCUGCGGAUUCUGUGGGUGUGUCUGCGGUGGGACGACAUGCAGGAGAAAGGACCCGGGGACGGACGCAAACAGGUAACGACGGACAUGGAGAUCAUUCAAACAGAGAUCCUCAAACGUAAACACUCGGGGAGGUUUCUCGAGAGGACGUCCUACCUCAGACGGAAGGUUAUUAUUCCCUUUGACGUCCCCAAGCCUGUGCGAGAGUUCACGCCUUCGCAGCGCAGCGGUCUGAGGAAGCGGCGGCGAGCACAGUCUCCGGUGAACACACAGCCACAGAGUGUGGAGGAGUGGGUGGAGGAGGACAAGCUGGACCUGUGGGAGAUCCGCUUCUUUGGGGAGUGUCUGGAGCGUGCCGCGGUGGUGACGCGGCGCGGCGGCAGCAGUGUGGAGCGCGGCGAGGUGGCGACGGCGGCGGCGGCGGGCGGCGGGGCCACCGGGGCAGCAGCCAGCCCAGCGGAGAUCCGCGCCCGCAUGGAGGAGCAGCUCAAGAUCCAGCGGGCAAACUUCAACCAGAAGCGUGCGGCGGAGGGUGGCGGCGGCGGCGGCAGCAUGGCCCUGACCCGGGGCGGCGUGGUGAAGCUGUCCCUCUGCUCCACUGGGGCCGCUGGCGGGACCACCACCCGCCUGGCAGCCCCCAAGGUGGUGCAGACCGGGGCGUCCACCAUCAUGGCAGUGGGGGGGCAGCUUCCCACGCUGGUGGGGGGCAAGAAGAUUGUGGCGGCACGGGAGGGACGCAUCAUCACGGUGCAGACUGCUCCCACCGCUGCCGCCGCCGCCGCCACCCCCAGCACCACCACGGAGGGCGGGGCGGCCUCCACCAUCAGCCUGGGCAGCAGCACCAUCUUCCCCGUCGGGGGUGCGGGGGCAGGGGCUGCCAAGGUGCAGGUGGCGGCCGCGGGCAGCAAGGUGAUCCGUCUGCAGCCGCUGGCCGGCGGGUCGGGCCACCGCGUCAUCCUGCCCCGCGCCGCUGCCCCGCAGCCCCUCAGCCCCGCCCUGCGCUCCCCCCGCCCUGUGGCGCCGGCCCCCCCCACCACCGCUGCCGCCGUGGUGAGCAGCGCGGGAGGUGCGGGUGGGGGGCGCACCACAGGGCAGCAGAUCCACAUCAUCCGCCUGAUGGACGGACAGCUGCACGUGCGCGGCCUGCUGGAGGGCCAGCACGUGGUGCAGAAGGACGGCAAGGUGCACUUCAUCACCAAGCCCACGGCAGCGGCGGCGGCGGCGGCAGCAGGCGGCGGCAGCGGCGGUGGCGGGGCGGCCCCGACCAUCCAGGUGACGCAGCAGACCAAGCCGUGCGGCGGAGACGCUCCCAAGGCCGCGGCUCACGUGGUGAAGGUGAACGGCCAGCAGGUGUUGGUGAGGCACAACAGUGACACCACCAAGGCCCUGCUGGCACCCGCACCCCCCACCCCGGCCACCCAUGACACCCACACCACCACUGCCACCACCACCACCACCACCACCCGGCCGGCGGCGGGCCACACCUCGCCCCGCAUCAAGACCAUCCUGGCCCCAGAUGGCACCAUGGUGAAGACCGUGCUGGCCAACAGUGCUGCCACUACCACCACCACCACCACACCCACCACCACCACCACUACCACCACAGACACCACCACAACCACUACAACCACCACAACCACAACAGCCAGCACAACCACAAACACCACCACCACCACCACCACCAGCAGCAGCAGCAGCAGCAGCACGGGCAGCGGCAGCAGUCUCACACUGAGGGUUCAGGUCCGGAUGACAGAGCAGGGACCCAAGACCAUCAUCCAGGGCCUUCAGACGGGUGUGGCCCUCACCAAGGACCACAUCAUGGCCAUCCAGCAACAAGUCCGGAACAUGCUGGCCCAGUACAAGCUACAAGUGAACCAACUCUCUCCACUGAUGACCCUGACCUUACACAUGCCAAACAAGCAGGCAAGUGCGAACCAACAACAACAACAGCAGCAACAACAACAACAGCAACAACAACAACAGCAAGAGGAAGGGGCUGCCACAACACAGGUCUCUACUGCUCAGAGUCAGAACGUGGCAUCGGAGACAGGUGCGGGUGGUGGUGAGGCUGACAAGGUGACGGCAGGGGGCAGGGCAGGUGCUGUCUUGCCAACCAAUGCGUCGCCAAAGAAAUUCGUUUUAACGCCGGAAUAUAUUCAACAAACCAUCAAGUCAGCUCUGAGCAGAGAGGACCUGACCCCAGAGAUCGAGGAGAAGCUUAUGCAGUUUCAAAAAUACAACAACGAACAGACUCGGAAAGAGGAAGGCACCGGUCUCUCAGCCGCCGCCGCCGCCACCACCGCCACCCCCGCCUCUGCCCUCACUGCGACGGCGACGGCUACCCGGAGCGGUGGUGGUGUGGUUCGGAAGGCUGCGGUGAAUUCGCUCACGGCCACGAGAAACUCUGGGAUCAAGAGGGGUAGAGAUCAGGAUGACGCAGACUGGGACCCAUCAGAGGAGGGGGCCAGCAUGCUCCCCACCUCUUCUACCUCCACCCCAAAAUCUAGGUCAAAAAAACACAGGGGGGAGUCUCGAUCUUCCGAAUCCACGUCAAAGUCGAAGAAGUCGUCGGCGAAGGCAGAAGCGGUGGAUGCCAAGAAGAGACAAGCCUUGCAACACAAACUCGACUCCCUGAUGACGAGACACAAGGAUUUAUUAAAGAAGGAUAUUUUGAAGAAGAGAGCGCAGUUAGAGAAGGAACUGCAGGUUGAAAUUCAUAAGGAGCUGUCAGUGGCUAAGUUACAGUUACAGCUGCAGGAGAAGACCAAAGCUGAGACAACGCACUCUACCCCCUCACAGCGCAAGAAGAAGACAGCCCUGGAGUCCUCUGGGGUGGGGGGGCAGGCUGGCGGAGGGGACAUGGGGGGGCACCUGGUCCACGCCCCCUCCCCUCCCUCCCUGGACAGCCCCCAGAGCAAGCACCACUCCAAGACUUCCUCCAUCUCCUCCUCCAAGCCUAAUGUCUCCUCCUCUUCCUCCUCCUCCUCCAAAUCUUCCUCGGCUGCGAAGAAGUCGGCGAAGAAUAAAAACAAGAAGAUUGUUUGUAUCUGUCGGACUCCAUUUGAUGAUACAAAGUUUUAUGUGGGCUGUGACCUCUGCGGCAACUGGUUCCACGGUGACUGUGUUGGGAUCACCGAGGCAAUGAGCAGGAGCAUGACGGAAUAUGUUUGUGAUGACUGCGCCAACGCCAAGCUUAAUAGAGAGCUGUUUUGCUUCUGUCGCCAGCCUUACGACGAAACGCAGUUCUACAUCUGUUGCGAGCAAUGCGAGGACUGGUACCACGGAAAAUGUGUGGGAAUAAUGCAGACCGAAGCGGACGACAUCGACGACUACAUCUGCCCCAAGUGUGACGCCAACAAUGUGUGGAACUACCCCUGCCAGAAGACACUGACGGCGAAAGAUUACACGGACCUCAGAAAAGUCACCAAAAGUUUAAUUCAACACAAGAAUGCGUGGCCGUUCUUGGAGCCGGUGGACCCGUCAGAGGUGCCAGACUACUACAAGGUGGUGAAGGAGCCAAUGGACUUGAAGACAGUGGAAAGCCGGGUGGAGGAAAAAGCUUAUCAAAGACUCGCGCAGUUUGUCGGGGACGUGAUGCUGGUAUUUGACAACUGCCGACUUUACAACCCCCCAAAUUCCUCGUUCUGCUCUUGCGCUGCUACCUUGGAGGGAUUCUUCUGCCAGAAAUUAAGAAGUUUGAAGCUUAGACUGGGCCCAAAGCCUUAAAUUGUGAUUGUGCUGUGUGCGUGGAGGUGUGCAUUCGCGUGCCUGUGUGUGUGUGUGUGUGUGGAGCCUCCCAGAGCCUUCCCAUGGGCCAGUGAGUUUGAUAAUACCUCUUGUGUCCUUCCUGAAGACUCCAAAAUAUGGGAAGGAUAUGUACAAGCCUUUAUGAAGCCUUUGCGGGGCUGGGACAAACAGAGAGGCUUGUACCACUGUAAAAAGACAAAUUAAACUGGAACAAACAUUCACAAGCCUUCUGGAAAGUUUGUGGGCUUGGAAAAAGUACACAGAGGUCUAAAAUACACACUUAGAAGCUCUGUGGGCCUGGAAAAUGUACCUAGAGGGCUGGAAUUCACAUUUAGAAGCUUUGUGGGCCUGGAAAAAUGUAUCUAGAGGGUUGGAAUACAUAUUUACAGGCUUGUACCACUGGGAAAGGAACCUGGAACUGUGGAAAGGCUGGAAAGACCUGGAAACCUCUCUGGAAAGCUUGUAGCACUAAGAGGACCUGUAUAGACACUGGAAAAACAUCCUUGAACCCUCUAUUGGGGGGAAACACUUCUACACCCGUCCUGGAAACGAGAGGGCUGGAAGAUUAACUGGAAGGAGAUAUAGAAGAUUAAAGUAGGAAAUUUUGAGGGGGGAAGAUUAGAGAAGGAAGGAAGAUAGAGAAGGAAAAUGAGAAAGAGGAGGAAGUUAAAAGAUUUUAGAAGAAAGGAGAGAAGGGAAUAAGAGGUUAAAGAAGAAAUUAAUGAAAAGUUGAAUUAUUUUUUUAUUUAUUUAUUUUAUUUAUUUAUUUUUUUCGUGUAUGUCGACCUGAUGAUGAUGAUGAUGAUGAUGACAAACUAAUGACUAGCUAGAAUGAUAAUGAAAUGAUAGUGACAAAUUAUUAUUAUUAUUAUUUUUUUUUUUUACUAAGCGUAGAUAAUAAUGAGGGUUUUAAGGAAAAGGAGAAAUGAAUGGUGUAAGUCGUUAUGAAAGUUGAUAGUGAAGACGUGAUUGUGAGAAUAAUAUAUUUAUUUUUUAACAUAUUCAGACUGGUGAUAAUGAUUCGAGGAAAAUAAAGAAAAAUUAUGACAAUGGUUGGAGACAAAAAAUAUUCUUUUUAAAACAAUAAUAUGAUAGGGAGUUUAAAUUCAUUUUCACAUCCUCCAUUCCCCACCCGCCCAUCACUAUCACGAGACAAUACUAACAUCACAAAAGACAAUGGAUAAUAACAAUCAAAUCAUUAAGAAAAGUGCUUCAGUUGAGAAAAAAAACGAAAUUUACAUUUUUUUUUUUUUAUUUUCCGUCUUAUUAACGGAACACGGAAAGCAGCUAAUGAUAAUGAUGAUAGCCAUUGUAAUUCACGAGCGCUGAUGAUGGUGAUAGUUGUUUAUAUUGCCGAGCGCCGCUGCUGAUGUUGAUAAUGAUGACGAUUGUUAUUAUUGUGAUGGUUGAGAGAUCCGCAUUUGCAACGGGUCUGAAUAAGAUAGAAAUUCAUUGUCGUCGAUUCUCUCUCUCUCUCUCUCUCUCUCUCUCUCUCUCUCUCUCUCUCUCUCUCUCUCUCUCUCUCUCUCUCUCUCUCUAAUAUUGACGUCUCCUUAGUGUUAUUAUUUAUACAUAUUGUACAUAUUACGUAUUCUUAUUUUUUUGUAUGAAUGCUGCUAGUUCAUAAAUUUAAAGUACAGAAAACGAGAAUUAUUGUCGAUAGAAUUUUUCAUGACAAAGAUAUCUCUCUCUCUCUCUCUCUCUCUCUCUCUCUCUCUCUCUCUCUCUCUCUCUCUCUCUCUCUCUCUCUCUCUCUCUCUCUCUGUAAAUAAGUAUAGAUCUAUAUGUUAUGUAUGACACCACCACCACCACCACUACUACUACUACUACUACUACUACUACUACUAUUACUGAUGUCACCAAUGUAAACUUGCUAUCAUAUCACUGACUCUUACUUAGAAAAAUGUAAAGAAUGACAGACACGAUAAACACAUACACUGAUGUAACUACUACUACUACUGUAAUUAUAAGUAGUAGACCAUUGUAUGUAAUUAUGAUAGUGUUAAGUGCGCACACACAUACAUACACACACACACACACACACACACUGAUAAAUCUCAGGCAUUUAUAUAUAUUUCUCUCUCUCUCUCUCUCUCUCUCUCUCUCUCUCUCUCUCUCUCUCUCUCUCUCUCUCUCUCUCUCUCUCUCUCUCUCUGAAGCGCACACGCACAGACACAGACAAAAGGGGUGCCAGUGUAUUUAAACUAUACAGGUUGGCAAUUUAAGUACAAAAUUAAUCUCUCUCUCUCUCUCUCUCUCUCUCUCUCUCUCUCUCUCUCUCUCUCUCUCUCUCUCUCUCUCUCUCUCUCUCUCUCUCUCUGUCUCUCUCUCUCUCUCUCUCGACGACAGUUUGUAUAAAAAUUAAAAUAAUAAUAACAUAAUGACUAAAAAUACAGUAAUAUUAAGUUAAACUCUUGAAAAAAUAUAAAAAAAAAACAAUAAAACGAAAAAAUAAAAAACUUAGAUGAAAAAUUGUCCAAAAAAAAUAAGACUGUAAAUGAAUUAGUGAUAAUAAUAAAUAAAGCCUCGUAUUUGUGAAGGCGACCAUUUGUAUCAAGAACGAGUGUUUGUUUUAUAAAGAUGACAAUUGUAAA